AUGGUGUCCACGACACUCGGAAAGAGAACCCGCAACUCCAAGGAAGCGGAAAGCGAGCUCGCCCAGCUUGCAGCUGUCUCCGAGUCUCCGGCAAAGCGGCCUCGCCGUCUUCUCAGAAGUGCAAGUGCCGCCGAAAAGAAGCUUCCUUCUCCCACGAUCGACGAUGUUGAAAACGAGGAGAACCAGCAGCCCCGGCGCGAGUCUCCCGAGGCCGACUCGACUCCUAAGAAGGCCCAGGUGAGCCGGGCCUCGACGGCGACUGUUAAGCCGACCCCGACCAUUGUUCCAGUCACUCCGUCGACUCCGCGCCACUAUGAUGCCCUCGCUACCACCAGCAGGGGAGCGGCCACCACGCCGCGCCACCGCGUCAUGUCGGUCGGCCGUAUCUCGCGUCGAGGAACACCUCAAACUCCCUUUACUCCUAACACGCUUCAGACCAUUUACCAUCAGGCCAGGCAACUCUUUUCUCGCAGCGCGGACCCUGGGGACCUGAUCGGCCGCGAUGAGGAGCGCGCUCAGCUCAAGACGUUCCUGGCUCGCUGCAGUACCGACCGCCCAGGUGGCUGUCUCUAUGUCAGCGGGCCUCCCGGUACCGGCAAGAGUGCCAUGGUCACCAAGAUCACCGACGAGGUUGCGUCCGAAUCCAAGUCGAUCCGCAAGGCCUACAUCAACUGCAUGAGCAUCAAGUCCUCCAAGGACCUAUACAUCACUCUGCUCGACCAGCUCGCUGUCGAGGAAGCCCUGAUCGAGGCCGACCUUAUUGCUGCCCUUCAGAGGCUUUUUAUCCGCAAGAAGCCGACCACUGACGUGUAUCUGGUCGUUCUGGAUGAAAUCGACCACAUCCUCACUCUAGACCCUGAGAGCCUGUACCGCGUCUUCGAGUGGUCCCUGCAACCGACAUCUCGGCUCACGUUGGUGGGCAUUGCCAACGCGCUCGACCUGACCGAUCGCUUCCUCCCGCGUCUCAAGUCGCGCAAUCUCAAGCCGGAGCUUCUUCCAUUUUUACCCUACACCGCAGCCCAGGUCAAGAAUAUUAUCAUCACCCGGCUGAGAAGUCUGGUCCCAAAGGACUCACCGAACAAGGACUUCACUCCCUUCUUUCACCCAGCUGCAAUUGAGCUGUGCUCUCGCAAGGUUUCGAGCCAAACAGGUGAUCUGCGCCGUGCCUUCGAGAUCUGCCGCCGCGCAAUCGACUUGGUCGAGAACGAAACCCGCAUGAAGUACGAGGCCGAGGCCAAGGAGAAGCUGCUCCAGUCUACCCCGUCGCGUAAGGUCGCGCUCGCCGAGAACCGCAACCUGGCAACACCUGUCCCAUCUACUCCAUCCUCCGUCGCUUCGGCCCUGACAAAGUCCCUGGCCAGCCUCACCAUCGAGACCGCCCCGCGUGUGACAAUCGCCCAUCUCAACAAAGUCACCGCCGCCGCCUUCAGCAACGGCCCCGCCCAGCGUCUCAAGACUCUCAAUCUCCAACAAAAAGCUGCGCUCUGCUCGCUGCUGGCCAUUGAGAAGCGCAACCGCGCCGCCUUGGAGAAGCAGCAACAGACCGCUACCCCCUCACGUCGCGGCCCCACUAUCUCAGCACCGACUGUUAAGUCCCUCUACGAGGCCUACUGCCAUCUCUGCAAGCGCGACUCGCUUCUACACCCGCUAUCGAGCUCCGAGUUCCGUGAGGUGGUUGGCUCGCUAGAGGCUCUGUCGCUCAUUGCCCCCAUGGACGGGAAGAACGGGUCGUUCACGUGUUCAUCGGCCCCGCAGACGCCGAGCCGCGGUGGCAGGAAGAAGAAGGAUGUGUUUUAUUUUGGCGCUGGCGGCUGUGCAGGCAGUGGCCUGGCGCUGGAUGAGAAGAGAGUUGCUAGUUGUGUAGGUGAGAAGGAGGUCGAGGCUGCUGUGGAGGGUUUGGGAGAAGGCAUUUUGAGGGGCAUCUUGAGCGGCGAGGCGCUAGAUUACUGA